AACACCGAACAUAACCUAGUUAGUUUCAAAACAGUUCUCUCACUGUGUUUACCGAAUCCUUCCUCCACCUAUUCAAGAAGCAGAGUCAGGCCAUCAGAAGGAUCAACGACAAGGUGUCACCUGGAAAGUGUAGUGUUUUCUGUCCUUGUGCGUGAUCGUAAUAGAUCAAAGGUGAUUUAAAUAAUUGGAACUCAUGUUCUCGUCAGCAUGACUGCCACAAAACCGCUCGAUAUGCCUUUGCCUCUGGUGCUCAAACAGGAGAAGGAGGAGAACCCGAGUGAGGAUGAGGGUGAGGAUGACAACGAGGAAACAGACAGUGACAGUGUCUCGUCAUUGUCCCAGCCCUCGAUCCUCGACAAGGGCUCCUUCAACGACCUCGACCCCAGGAACGAAUUCCUUCGACUGACUUCAAUGGUUCGUCGCGUUUAUUUCUCCUAUCUCAACAAAUCCGUAAUCAACAAUUACAACGUCUGCUGUAAAGCGUCAGAAGCACGAGAAGUGUCUCGACUGGAGCUGAAAAAAUUCGCUAGUCAAAUGGAGCUGCAGGCAGUUCGUGCAUCCCUGGAGGCCUCGCUGUACCGUCAGGCAAUGCUGAAGAUGAUAUCCGAUGUGAAGACAAGCACUGCUCGCCAAAAGAUCCACAAAAAAUUAUCGAUCUUCCUCCAGAAAGCGCCAUCGACAGUCGACGCAGCAGUCCAAACGACCGAAGAAAUCCCCCCCGAAGCCAAAGUAUUUCCCUCUGUUGCGACUGAAGAACCCAACGAGAGACCCAAACAAGAGACUGGAGAAUGCAAAUCCCUCGACGAAAGGCUGAUGAAGCUUUUUUCCCUCCCAUCAGAAUCACCAGUAGUGGAUCCAAUAGAGGGUCCGGAGGGCCAGGAAGGUCCAGGGGAGCCACCAGUGAAGGUGGAACCAAUGGAGAUUUCUAAAGUCGAAGUGCAAGACACUGAGACAAUUGAGCCUGACGACAAAGUGCAAGGGGGGGAAAUGAACAGCCUCGAUACAAAUGUCAAUGGACCGAUGGAGGACGACCAGGCGUCCCAGGACUCCCUCAUGCAGCACCUGGAGGACAUGUUCUGCGAGAGCGACGACAGCAGUGACCUAAUGACCCUGAUAGAACGACAUUCAGGUGUCACGAAAACAAAUGUUGAUAAGGAGAUCUUGAAGAUGUGUCCAGAAGGUGCCUCAUUAGUGAAACCCACCAGUGUGAAGUGUUUCUCAAAAAGUUCAGAGUCCUCAGUCCCAACUCCUCCAACAUCCCUCUCUCAGGAGUCGACACCCGUGUCGAGUUCUAAACGCAAGCUGUCACUUUAUUCGUACAAAAAUAAGAGGAGGGCUGUGGAAGGAGGGGAGGAAACACAGGAGGACAAGGAGGCGAAGAAGAUGCGUGGCAUCUGGCUGGUGGAGAGAAUCCACCAGGUGUCCAAGCUCAAGGCAAAGAUGACGGAAUUGUCAGUGAGGAAUUACAGAAAGCAUGGCAGGAUUAGAAGUAAAUUUGCAGAGCUCUUUGGGGAUGAUGAUGGUGAGGAUUUGGCGCCGGAUUCGCCUAUUCGCAUUGAGGAUCACUUGACUUCGUGCAAGGAGAGAAUAGCACCCUGGGUUGUUAAAUAUUUGAUGCCUUUUUAUGCGAAGAAAAAAGUUAUCAAGGAUCGAUUGCUAUUUAAGGCUGUUGCUAAGCAUAUUACUGAUGGGCUCAUUAUUGCAAAUACGUUUCCUGAAGAAGAAUAUGUAAAUCAAUACAUAAAAGACUACUUCCGGAAUAAGGCUAGUAUUAAAUCGCAGUCUGACAUAUACCUCUGAAUAUGUCCAUCGCUCUCUCCCUUUUUUGUGAUAAAUUCUAUUAAAUUAUCGGAUAUAAUCAAUACUCGUGACUUCUCACUCCCCGCGUUUUAGUUUUAUGAGUCAGCCAUAAUGAUAAUCGACGAAAAUGUAUGUACUGUAAAUUACAAUCGAGGCUAGUUGAAAUGGGAGAUACCCAGAACGAUAACAGAACAAACUAGAAAUAAAACGUAAAAUCAUGUUUUUUUUAAUA